AUGGAAUGGCUCAAACCAGAAGCUGAGCAUUGGCAUAGUCUCACCUUACAGCGCUCAAGUAGGAGCAAUUCAAGAAAAACUUGGGAGGCCAAAAAAGAGCUUCAUGAGUUGGAUGAAUUGCUGAAUGCUGAUAGUACACUUUACAGAGAUCAAAAGUGGAAGGUUGUUUUUAGUGAUAAUUUCUUGAAAUCCUUUAAAAAAAUGACGUCAGACCGCGAAAAGAAAUCAGUUAUUAACCUUCUACUGAAACUUUUAAGUGGCUGGCGACCUAAGAGGAGGAACAUAGAUUUUGAUAUAUUGCCUUUGGAGGAUGUUUCAAAAUUGGUAAAACGUUUGGAUGAUAUAUUUGUUAGGUACACUAAUGAUUACAUCAACCGUUGCAAAGAGAAAUAUAUUAAAAGGAAUUUGGAAGUUCCCAAGACUUGGGCAGGCUCUUCAGAAAUUGUUCAUUUCAAGAAUCUUGCUGACACUAAGAGUGGAAGUGACUUAAGUGGAGCUGCUUCAGAUAGUAUGAGUUAUGUUGAGAAUUCGAAGAAAGCAAAACUACAUCACAUGGCAACUAAAGGAUUCUAUGGAGUUGAUUAUCAUGAGCAUCUGCAUACUACCCAGACAAAUGAGCUUGAGAAGGGCCUUGGAGAGGAGAAACCGGAUAUCUUGCGCCAACUUUUUGUGACAGUCAGUCCUAAACUGUGUUUUGCUGUAAAGCAACACAUUUCUCACUUGAAAAGCUCUGCCCUGGGUGAGAAGUUUCUAGUAGAAGGCAGUUUACUUGACAUGGAUGAUAUUGAUGAUGCAGCGCAAUUCAAAGAUAUCCCAAAUUCUUUUGUAGACAUUCUGCCUAAGUCAUACCCUCUUGUUUUAACAUUUCAUAAGUUCUUGAUGAUGCUGGAUGGUACAAUAGGCAAUUCAUAUUUUGAGAGAUUCCGAGACAAAAGGAAACAUUCUGGUGCCCAAAGUCAGAGUUUAAGAUCAGAUUCCUUAUACACAAUUAUGAGGAAAAAGGAAGUUAGUUAUGACAGGUUUAGUUCAUUUUACUGGCCACGUUUUAAUGAACAACUAACAAAGAAGCUUGAUUCUUCAAGGGUCUUCACUGAGAUUAUAUCUCACAUAAAAGGAGGCCUGCGAUCCAUGGAGUUUGGUGACGGUAAACUGAGUCGAGAAGUUUAUGUCCAAUUAUCAGAGGGAAGAGUUUCCAUUUUGAGCAGGCAACAGAGAGAGAUGAUAUAUGAGAUAUUUCAAAACUAUGAGAGAAUGACGAUGAAAAAUGGUGAUUUUGAUUUGACUGAUCUGGUAAUUGAUAUUCAUCAUCGACUUAAAAAAGGAAAAUAUAAGGGAGAUCAAAUUCAUUUUGUUUAUGUCGACGAGAUGCAGGAUCUUACAAUGAGUCAAAUUGCUCUGUUCAAAUAUAUCUGCAAAAAUGUGGAAGAGGGUUUUGUUUUUUCUGGUGAUACAGCACAAACAAUUGCUAGGGGAAUCGAUUUCAAAUUUGAAGAUAUACGAUAUCUAUUCUACAAAAAGUUUGUACUGGAAUCAAGAACAAGAAGCAAUGAACAUGAUGGCAGAGAACAAAAAGGACAACUCUCAAAUAUUUUUAACUUGAGCCAGAACUUCCGUACCCAUGCAGGUGUAUUGAAGUUAGCUCAGAGCAUCAUUGAUCUUCUUUACCGUUUCUUCCGUCCCUAUGUUGAUGUUUUAAACCCUGAGACUACUAUGAUAUAUGGGGAAUCUCCGAUUUUGCUUAAACCUGGCAACGGUGAAAAUGCAAUCAUAAAAUUUUUUGGAAAGAGUGGAAAUGUUGGCGGUGAUGUAGUUGGUUUUGGAGCAGAGCAGGUGAUAUUAGUACGAGAUGAUUGUGCUCAGAAGUUUAUUUUUGACUGCGUUGAUCAAGCUCUUGUUUUAACCAUAGUAGAGAGCAAAGGUCUUGAAUUUCAGGAUGUACUGUUAUUCAACUUUUUUGGUUCAUCACAUCUUAAGAAUCAAUGGAGAGUGAUUUAUGAAUAUAUGAAGGAACAAAAUUUGCUUGACUCCACUUCACCUAGGUCAAGCUUCAAUGAAGCUAAACACAACAUCUUGUGUGCUGAACUGAAGCAACUGUAUGUCGCCAUCACUCGUACAAGGCAAAGGUUAUGGAUCUGGGAGGAUAGGGAGGAAGUCUCCAAACCUAUGUUUGACUAUUGGAAGAAGAAGUCUCUUGUUGAAGUCAAACAGCUGGAUGAUUCAUUUGCACAUGCAAUGCAAGUUGCGAGUACCCCAGAGGAGUGGAAAUCGCAGGGCAUCAAGCUGUUUCAUGAGCGUAACUAUGAAAUGGCAACUAAAUGCUUCGAAAGAGCUAAAGAUUUUUACUGGGUAGAAAGGUGUAAAGCUACUGCCCUUAAAGCUGACGCUGACCGCAUCCGCAGUUUGAAGCCUGAAGAGGCUAAUAAUAAACUAAGGCAAGCUGCUAUAAAAUUUGAAGCCAUACACAAGGCCAAUUCUGCUGCCAAAUGUUUUUAUGAGCUGGAAGAGUAUGAAAGAGCAGGCAGGAUUUAUUUGGAAAAAUGUGAGGAACCAGAGCUGAAAAGGGCGGGGGAAUGUUUUUGUCUUGCAGGAUGCUAUGAGCUUGCAGUAGAGGUGUAUGCCAAGGGUAAUUUUUUGCCAGAAUGUCUGACUGUUUGCUCCAAAGGAAAGCUUUUUGAUGUUGGAUUGAAAUACAUCCAUUACUGGAAACAACAUGCCAGUACAGAUGUUGGUACUGUCCAAAGAAGUGAAAAAAUGAACAAAAUUGUACAAGACUUUCUGGAGAGGUGCGCUUUUCAUCAUCAUGAGCUCAAAGAUAGCAAAUCCAUGAUGAAAUUUGUGAAAGCUUUUCAUUCAGUGGAUUUGAAACGUAACUUUUUGAAGUCUUUGAAUUGCUUUGAUGAACUUCUAUUGCUGGAAGAAGAGUUGGGAAACUUCGUGGAUGCUGCAAAUAUUGCAAAAAUGAGAGGCAAUAUUCUCCGUGCAGCUGAUUUGCUACAGAAAGCUGGGAAUUUCAGAGAAGCAUCUGCACUUAUACUUCAUUACGUGCUUUCCAACUCUCUAUGGUCACCUGCGAGCAAAGGCUGGCCUUUGAAGCAGUUUAGAGAAAAGGAAGAACUUUUGGGAAAAGCCAAGUCAUUAGCGCAGAAUGACUCGUACCAAUUUUCUGAAUUUGUUCAAAAUGAAGCUGACAUUUUAUCAAAUGAGCAGUGCAACCUAUUCAUGCUGAGUCAUCAAUUAAAUGCUUCGAAGAGACAUCAGAGUAUCAGAGGUGAAAUAUUAUCUGUCCGAACCAUUUUGGAUUUCCAUCUUCAUUUGAGUACCUCUGAAUAUGGUUGGGAAGACGAAUUAGUUUCUGAUCUCGUAGCAUAUUCAGAAGACACAAUUCAUAGAAACCAGGUUUCUGUUGAGACCCUUGUCUACUUUUGGAAUUACUGGAAGAAUAUGAUUGUGAAGAUACUUGAGUAUCUUGAGCAUCUGCAAACACGAGAUGUUAACAACUGCAGAAGUUAUGGUGAUUUCUGCUUGAACUACCUUAGUGUAUGGAAGCAAUACAGCAAUCUUGGUACCAAGUAUCUUUUGCUGAACCCAGAUGCAGAGUGGAUUAGAGAGGUGGACAAAAGAUGUGCUCAAACGAGCGAGAAGUUGGUUUCAAUUGAUGUCAGCAAGCUUGUCUCUGCUGCUCGGAGUUAUUGGAGUUCAGAGUUACUUUUUGUUGGUAUGAAGGUGUUGGAAAAUCUAGAUGCCAUUCGCAAGCAGUCAUUUGAGAAUUCAUCAUCCGUGUUCUGCAAAGUCAGAAAUUCUACUUACAUCUAUGAAGUUUCAAAAUCUCUUUUGAAUUCCAAGUUUCUGCAUCACCAGCAUUAUGAUACUAAGGCACUACAAAAUUUUGUUGAACUAUCAACGAAGCAAUUCUUUGACUUCAUAUUUCCUCUAGACUGGCGAGAAUCAUUGAAAGGGAACUUGAUUUCUUUGAGAGGAACUGAUACUUGUAGGAAUAUAAUUAAAGAAGUUAUUUUUCAAAAUAUUGGCUUGAGAAGUCAGUUAUCUUAUGGGCAGAUUGGUAGUGUGGUAGUUAUGAUUCUCGGGUCUGGUAAGCCGAAUAAUGAGGUGUUUGAGAAUGUUGCAAAAAGUUUUAAUGAAAAUACACCAUGGAAGAAAUUUGUAGAGAGCCUCUCUGGGAAUAUGGGAUUAUGCUAUAACAUUGAACUUGUUCAGAAGUUCUUUGGGGCUUUGAAAGAUAUUUAUGAUGCCAACUGGAGGAUAGGCUAUAUAUCACCUUCUAAUUUUCUGUAUCUUAUUGAGCGGUUUUUGAUUAUGUUGUCUAGCAUCCAGCGGCACGGGUAUAUCUUGACCACACAGUCAUCUUUUGUGGAUUGGCUUAUCUACCAGGAGGGGAACACCAACCCAGCUUCAAGCAUACAGAUUGAUGUGCAACAAUCCUUGAGACAUGUACUUGACUUUGUUGUCCACAUUGUUUCGCAGUUCCUUUACCAUGAGGAGGACACAAUGGAAUGGAUCAGAAACUCUCAUACAAGUGUGGAACAUUAUCAUUCAUUUGUUGUUUUGAGAUUGGUUGUAAUAGUGUGUUUGCUUCAUUUGAAUUUUGGGAACUAUGAAAAUUUGCUCUUUGGCUUGCUUGGCAGGAACAAUAUUUACAACAAACUGCCUCGGGAAUUUUGUGAUUCCCUUUGCAGAAGAUGGUGGUGGUCUAAUUCUCUGAGUGUUAAUGUGAUUGCCGAAGCAUUUAAAAAGAUCAGGAAUCUACUUGUAAUUGUGAGUUUGGGGGGAAAUUGUUCAAGAUUUAGGUGUCAAGAUGCAGUUUUUGUUGACAUGAAAGCCAGCAGAUGUAAGGAGAUAUUAGAAGGUGGAGCUGGUGGAGGCAUAGGUGGCAGAGGAGUAACUGGAGGCAGGGGUGAAGGUCAUGGUGACAGGUGUCGUUUUGAAACAUUUCGGGUGGGAAAGUAUCUUAAAGUGAACCUUGGGUGGGAAAACGUAGUUCUCUCCAUUAUUAAACGCUGUUCUCUUAAACAGCCGCGCCGCCACAGUCGCCAUGGGUACCAGACCUGCCAAGACGACCAAGGUUGCCAACUAUCGCCGCAGGCAGCCCCCCUGCUUCAUUCUACGCAGCCGUCUGUUCUACGGCCGCAGCCACCGCAUGGUCAGAGGCGCCCGGCUGAGGGUCCCGCUUCUAGAACCCCAAUGGGGGAUGACAAACAGGUUGCUCCUCCACCUGUUUCGUCUUGGGCUGAUAGGGUGGAAAUCACAAACUCAGAAACCUGCUUCAGACUUGAUUUCGUGAACAUUGACGUGGUGGGCGAUGAGCCGAUACACUGA